ACUGCCCCUGUGCUGAUUCAUUGAUUUGGACGGGUUAUAUACUGGGAGGGGAAGAAUGAACCACACUCUGCUCUCCUGCCAGCACGGAGCUGUGCUCACUCGGUGCUCGUGGCUGCAGGACACUCGGGCCCAAUGGAGCAGGGAGGCUGGCAGCGGUGGCUGCUGCUGCUGGUGGGAAUCCAGCUGGCCAGCAGCCAGUGCCCAGAGCAGUGCCAGUGUGUCCGCAGUGCCCAGGUGGAGUGCUUUGGUGCCGACAUCAGCGUGGUCCCCAGCCCCAUCCCUGCCAACGCCAUGACCCUGCAGAUCAUCAACACGCGCAUCACCGAGCUGGGCGACGCCGCCUUCGGCAACGCCUCCCUGCUGAUUGGGCUGCGCGUCGAGAAGAACCUCCUGUCACGCAUCAGCCCUGGGGCCUUCCAGGACCUGCCUGACCUGCGCUACCUCAGCCUGGCCAGCAACAAGCUGCAGGAGCUCCCUGUGCAGGUCUUUGAGCCUCUGGACAAGCUGGAGUCUCUGCUUCUCUCCAGCAACCAGAUCCUCCAGGUCGAGCCUUCCCACUUUGCCCAUCUGAGCAACCUCAAGGAGCUACAGCUGCACGGGAACAACCUGAAGGAGCUGCAGGAGGGGGUGUUUGACCAGCUGACCAGCCUCACCAAGCUCAACCUGGCCAGGAACAACAUUGACCGCCUGCCGCCCCGAGCCUUUGAGCGGCUGGCACGGCUGCAGGUGCUGCGGCUCUACGAGAACCGGCUCCGGCACAUCUCAGUGGGCACCUUUGAUGGGCUGCCGGAGCUGCAGGAGCUGGGGCUGCACCAGAACCAGCUGGAGACUCUGUCCCCGGAGCUCUUUGUGCACAACACCAACCUGCAGAAGCUCUACCUGUCCAACAACUUCCUCACCACUCUGCCGAGCGGCGUCUUCUUGCCCCUGCAUGCUCUCGCCAAGAUCACCCUGCAUGUCAACCGCCUGCGGGACAUCUCCCCCAGUGCCUUUGGGCCCACGCCCAACCUGCAGGAGCUCUGGCUUUACGAGAAUGAGCUUUCCACCCUCCCUACUGCCGUCUUCAGCAACCUGACCCAGCUGCAGCUCCUGGUUCUCAGCAAGAACCGGCUGCGGUCGGUGCCACCGGGGGCUUUCCAGGGCUUGGGGGAGCUUCUGGAGCUGUCGCUGCACUCGAAUGCCCUGCGCCGUCUGGAUGCCCGGGCACUGGAGGGGAUGCCCAAGCUGCAGAACAUCUCUCUGCACCACAACCAGCUGCAGGCACUGCCACGGGGCCUCUUCAGAGCCACCCCUGGGCUGCGGCACCUGCAGCUGCACUCCAAUGCCCUGGAGUACCUGCCUGCCGGCAUCUUCUCCCCGCUGACUGCCCUGCGAGAGGUGAGGCUGCACAACAACUCCUGGCGCUGUGACAAGGGCAUCCUGCCCCUGCAGGGCUGGCUGGAGGAGAACCCUCACAAGGUGGGUGAGAUACCCCCACUGUGUGCCCAGCCUCCCUCCCUGCAGGGCAUCCCCAUCGCCGGGCUGCCACAGGACCAGUUCAUCGACCCCCAGUCCCCCACGGCUGCUCCUCAUCCCAGUACUCUGCUCCCUGCUGACACCUCUGAGGCAGCAUCAGAUGAUGCCUCAGCAGCAGAAGAUGCCUCAAUGGAGCCCACCACAGGGCUGCCAGCCUCUCCACAGGAGGAUGAGGAGGAGAAGAAGGAGGAGGAAGAGAGGGGGCAAUGGGGGCUGACACGCCUGCAGAGUGGGGUGGUGGUAGCAGUCAUUGUGCUGGUGUGUGUGGCCCUGCUGGCUGCUCUGGUGGCACUGGUGGUCUAUGGCUGUAGGAAGAAGAGCCACGUUGUGCUCAUGAGGAUGAAAGCUCCAAAUGAAAGUGCUCCAAGGACACGGGUUGUUGUUGCAGAUAACAGUGAGGGGCAGCUCCGCCCCAGCAGGAACAGCUUGUCCCUGGCUUUCCUGGCUUCCCAUCUGCCCCAGAAAACACUGUCCCGUCCCAGCAAGCAGCAUCCCUGCACAUCUGCCACAGGUUUGGCGACCGUCCCUGUGAUGCUACACUUGUGCAGGCUGCUGAUCUAUGUGCUGCUGGGGCUGGGGUCCCUGCUGGUGGGGGCACUGUCCCCAUCCUGCCCCCCAGCCUGCCAGUGCUAUGACACCUCCAAAGUCUUCUGCUCAAACGAAAGGGUACGGGAGAUCCCAGAGGGCCUGCCAGGAAGUGCCACCCACCUCUUCUUUGUGGAGACAGCCCUGAGCAGCAUCCGCAGCGGGGACUUGGGCUCCAGCUCCACGCUCACCAAGCUGGUCUUCAUCAAUAACAACAUCCAGGAGCUGCAGGCUGGUGCCUUUCAGGGGCUGUCCAGCCUCACUGAGCUGGAGGUGUCAGGCAACUCCUUGUCAGCUGUCAGCCCUGGGAUGCUGGCAGGGCUGACCAGCCUCAGCAAGCUCUCCCUCAGUGCCAACGCCAUCCGCACCCUGCAGCCGGGGCUCUUCACUGCCUCUUGCCGCCUGCAGGACCUGAGCUUGUCAGGGAACAAGAUCGAGGCACUGCCCCCUGGCAUCUUCCACCCACUCCGGCGGCUCCGGGCCCUGGACCUGUCACAGAAUGCUCUGCCUGAGCUGCCGGAUGGGCUGCUGGCCCCACUUGUCGCCCUUCGUGUCCUCAAGCUCAGUGACAAUCUGCUGGCACGGGUGCCUCCUGGUGCUUUCAGGGCACUUGGCCAGCUAACCGAGCUCCACCUGGAUGGCAACCGGCUGGAGGAGCUGCCCUCGGGCGUCUUCUUCGGGCUGGGGGCGCUGCGGCGGCUGCAUUUGCAGCACAAUGCCCUGGGCAGCCUGGCCCCUGACAUCUUCAUGGGUCUCCUCAACCUCACUGUCCUCAGCCUGGAGGGCAACAACCUGGCCACCGUGCCUGCCAUCCUGUUCACUGGCACCCCUGGCCUCCUCCACCUCUCACUGGCUCGCAACCAGCUGGAGACACUGCCCCAGGAGCUCUUUGCUAACCUGUCAGUGCUGGAAACACUGGAGCUCUCACACAAUGCCAUAGAUCACCUGUCCACUGGGGCUUUCCAGGGUCUGGAAGGGCUGAGAGAGCUCCGGCUGAGCCACAACAACCUCUCCAGACUGCCGGCGGGGCUGCUGGCUGGGCUGCCCCUCCUCGCCGCCCUGGUGCUGGACCACAACCGCCUGGCCCGCCUGCCCCCGGGGCUCUUCGAUGCCAACGAUGAACUGGUGCGUGUGGGUCUGGCUGACAACCCCUGGUUCUGUGACUGUCACCUCUCCUACCUCCUGCACUGGCUCCAGAGCUUUGCUGAGCCCCUCAUCCACGGCCAAGCCUUCUGUGCCAAUCCAGCUGCUCUCCAGGGCCAGUCCCUGCUGAAGGUCUCUCGCGGGCAGCUGCAGUGCCCGGGAGCAGACGAUGUCCCCUCGGAGGAGGGCUGGGACACCGAUGUUCCGGGGCAGUGCACCUACACCAACCCCGAGGGCACGGUAAGCGUGGCCUGCAAUGCCACACGGUGCCAGCAGCUGAGCCUGCGCCUCCCUCCUCCCGGGCAGGAGCCAGGCUUGGGGCCAGCCUACCGGCGGGCAUGGGUGCUGCGCUCCCGCUGCGGCACGCUGCAGGUCAGCGUCCUUGUCACAGCACAGAGAGGGAACGAGGUCACUCAACCAGGUCUGCCCGAGGUGCCCUAGAACUUGGGCAGGCGUUUGCUUCUGCUCCGGCAACCUCUGAACCAGCCUGGGAAACAAACAGCUCUCCCUCUAUCUCUGCUACCGCUUUUCCCCAGCUGUCCCCGAGCUCUCCACAACAGCUGGCUUGGGGCUAUUUAUCCUCUCAGCUAUGUGUUUCCUGUGUAUUUCAAAUAUAAUUAAAAUUUGCCUAUUAUUUCUGUGCUACUA